AUGCCCGCACCGUUAUUCCUCUCGGGAUCCUGUGAAGUUUGCGGGGACAAAACUUCCGGAAGACACUUUGGAGUAAUGAGUUGUCGGGCUUGUGCCGCAUUUUUCAGAAGAGCAGCAACAUGGAACCUAGAAAAGAGGAUAUGCCCAAACGGAACCUGUCAUACUAGCGUUAAUGGAAAAUUCAACUGCAAACAAUGCCGACUAAAAAAGUGUUUAGAUGUAGGCAUGGAUACUAGAAGAUUCCAGACAGAUCGAGACCUUAUUUCGUGUUCUGCUAUUUCUCAGUCUUUGGCCACAUUUCUCGGUCGACCCGAGUUCAUUUUGUGCUGCGAGCCAGACAGAGCAUCAGUGUUGAAGACAACAAUAGACGUUACUCGUUUAGUGAAUAUCGCAAGGGACAUGUUGCAGAAGCCAACAAACCAUGUUUUGCCCUCAAACAGUCUUGAACAACUGGCCACAACGCUCGACAACAUGCGAUGUGUCGAAUCGAACAAGGAAGUAAAAUUUAUCGAAAAAUAUGGAAAAGUAGAAACUUUGAAAUCUUGGGAACAGGGAUUUCUUCGAGUUGUGGAAUGGUUUUCCAAUUUUUCAGAAUUCAGAGAAUUGAAUGAACGUUUGAAGUUGGAAAUUGUAAAGUCAUGUUGGUUCUCCUGGACACGGUUGGAUAAGCUAUCGGAAACGGCUAACAAGCAGAUUAACAAAAUGCUCGGUAAAUCGCAGUUGAUGGUCGGUAAUGGUGCAUGUAUGAAUAUGAACAACUUCGAGAUUGAUUUAUCUUGGUGCACGAAUUAUUCGUUGGAGCAGCUGAAAUACUUUUUUCAAACACCGAAUGGUAAGAAAAACUUCCAACAGUCGAUACAGGAUAUGAUCGAUUUGAAUCCCAGCAGCAUUGAAGUCAGUUACAUGCUCCUACAUCUUUCUCUGGAGCACGCAGGAAAACGAUUACAUGGAGAUGCACUGGAUGCUACUGAAAAUUUAGUGCAAGUUCAGGCAAACAACUUGCAUAAAUAUUAUGUGGAGAAAUUGAAGUUGGCAAAUUAUUCGUCACGACUGACGCAGUUGAUGAGAAUCACAAGGACGUUGGAGGCAGAUAUAAGGAUUCGAAUUGAGAAGAAACAAAUUGCCGACGUGUUUAAUAUUAUGAAAAUUGAUUUUUCUCACCCAGAGAUGUUUGAAGCGACAUAAAAAGUUUACAUAACCUC